AAAAGACCCAUCGACUGGCCUCACGACUUCGUGCCCAGUGUUCAAGGCGAGUAUGAAAAGUUAAAUCUUGCAGAGUUUGUAGCCGGCUUUUUAGUCAUGAUAAAAACGUAUGAGUCGCAGCUGAAGGAGGCGUUCCUGGUCCACCUCGAAUUACUCAUGAUUAAAUCCAUCAGUUACUCCUGGUCCAGCGUGCGGGCUUUUCAUAAGUUCGUUGCGAAACAAGUGGAGCAGCGCCGUUUGGAAUGGCAAGAUUCCAAGGCUAUCAAUGAUCAGGCCACGACCUUUUUUCGCCAUUCGGAUCUUCGCUCUUCCUCCUCGCAACACGAGAUCGCGCAAGUUUCGCAACCGAAUUCUUGGCAUUCUGGCAAUAGCACACCUUCACAUCAGCAGGCAGGCAAACCCGGUCUAAAGGCAUGUAGAGCGUGGAAUUACACUGGUACUUGUGAUUGCGACAAACAGGACAGUGCAGCCUAUAGCGAACACCAUCGUUGUCGGGUCUGCAAAGCGGAUCAUCCGAUGUUACACUGUCCGAAACGCCGCACACCAAUUCCGGCACAGUGA